CUAAUAUAAUGAAUUUGUUUUACAAAGAAAGCUUUAGGAUGUUGAAGAAUCUCAGUAUCAAAAUUACCCAGAACUAAAUUUGUGUCUGAAUAAUUGUUUACUUGCUCAAGUUCUCUGCGCUUAGUGCUUCCAUAUCCUCCUGCUGCUUGCUUUUCUUGUAUUUUAAUGCGGCUUACACGUCCGUUUCAUCCUCUCGUUAAAUAACUAUCUUGUUUCCUGAGGUUGAUGUUUCAUAAUCUUUGAUGAUUUAAGCCUCUGGGAUAAUGUGCAGUAGAAGCUGGCUUUGCUCCUUCCUUACCCAAGAAUCAUUAGCAAGUCUUCCAGGAAAAACAAUAGAGGCCACAGAAAGCAAUUGAAGAACUGCUUAAAGAGGCAAAACGUGGGAAAACGAGAGCAGAAACCAUGGGACCUAUGGGUUGGAUGAAGUGUCCUCUCGCUGGGACAAAUAAAAGAUUCCUCAUUAACACAAUUAAGAACACGCUGCCCUCCCAUAAAGAGCAAGACCCUGAGCAAAAAGAGGGCAGCAAGGAAGCCGCGAAAAGCCAGAGCCAGAAAGAAGAGAAACGGAAGAAGCACAGAGCCCACCCCUACAAACACAGCUUCCAGGCCCGGGGCCCCGGCAGCCGCUCUCCAUGCAAGAAGUGCAGCAAGCAGCAGAAGGACGAGACGCGCUCCAACAGGCGAUGAGGCGGGCCCCAGCCGCCAGCGCUGCUUCCUCUGGGCCGGGGGUGUGCAGACGAGCCUGUGAGGACAGGCCUUGAGCUGCAGAGCGAGCACCGAGGAGUGACUUUCAUGGUCGGUCCUUUGCUGUUGUGACAAGGAAAUGAGUCCACGGGGACUUGCCCUGAAGGUGUUGGAGCACGUUUCAGCUCCUUCAGCCGGGCGUCCUCCUAUACACGUGUCCUGUUUUCAUUCUCUCUUGUUUGGAAGUUGGUUUCAAAAUAAACCUAAGACUUCAAGUUUUCAGAGAUUGUUACUACUAGUUCCGAUUUUUUUUUUUUUUUGAUGUAUUACAAUUGUGGUCGUCUCUCCAAUUUUCUCCAAAAAAUAAAACCCUUGUAAAUCCUAUACGUUAUCUUUUUGGAUGAUGAAUUUAAAAUUCAGAAGUCAUCAGGAGAAGAGGUAGCCCUUCAGGGGCUAGAAAUUUACCAUGAAACUCUCUGUUUUGUUUUCCUGUAAGUGAGCAAUGUAGGAAAUUCUCAAAAUGGCUUUGAAUUUAGUGUUCCAUAUCAGUAACCAGAGGUUAAAAAAUUGGCCCUGUGGUUUCCUUGUGCAUUCUCAAACUCACUCCUAAGAUAGAACAACUUUUCUAUAUUUAAUUUUGGGGGGAAUAUGUAAGUUUUAAGUGGUGCUUUAAAAAGAACCCUUAAAGUUAAAAUUAAUGUAAGUAUUUUAGUGCUAUGUCUUAUUUAGCUACAGACUAUAAUACCACUCAGUAUAGUUGUUUCAGAAAUCUUAAUUUUAAAUAAAAGUGUGUUUACAACGCC